AUGUUGGCUGUGCGAGACCAGGAGAAUCUGGUGCAUGCUCACCAGACCGUGGCUGCUGGAAAACCGUUGAAUCAAGGCACGAAGACUCCCGGCGCACGAGCUCCCAAAACCCCGUUCAAGGUCCCGCUGAAUGACGAGAAUGGCCCGUUGGCUUUUGGAAAGAAGACCGUGAAGGCGACUGGAAGGGGGAAUGAGAAUUUGAAGCCAGCCAAGGAUGCGUUUGUAACUCCUCUGCCAGAGAACCGUCAACGCGCGCCACUGGGUAUGAAAACGACCAAUGCGAAGGCCAAGACCCCAGCUCCUAUUGGCACGAACAAGCCCGAGAGGACCAACAGAAGGACAUCGACUCAAAAAGUGAAGAAGAUUGCUCCCUUGGUACAGCAGAGUGAGCCGGAGACAGCGGCAAAGUCGGUCCAGGAUGAUGUGCCGGAUAUCGAAUACAUGCCACCCAAGCCUAAAGAGCUCCCGGACCUCCCAGACGACAUUAUAUACGACACCACGUUCCCUCAGUUCAGACCAGAGAACCUGGCACGCGGAUUGGAGAGCACCUACGGAGACAACGAAAUCGGAAGCGACGGUCUUACCAAGCGGGAACGAAAGUACAAGGAAGCUUCGAUCGCCCAGGACAAGAUGAUGGACGAAAUGAUUCUCAAGCAAAUCGAAAGUAUUGGGUUUGAGGAAGCCAACGAAACAGACCAGUCCCGACAGUCUACCUUGAAGGAGGCAUCAAAACGUCGCCUUGAACCUCGUCGAGUGAAGGUCCCUACCCCGAAGGUCAAAUACACUAGCAAUGUUUCGACUCUACGAGCCCGAGAUGCAGCGGCAGCGUUGUCAGCCUCCGAAACUUCGGCUCCACCAACCAGAGCUGCGUCCCGACCCCGAAUCAGUUCAUCAAUUCAUACAACGAGAAAGCCCAGGGCUCCUGCGAACCCAUCUUCUAUGCGCCAUAGUGCCGCUGUCGCAAACUCCAAAACCACCGUGGGUUACGCCAAAGGCAGAGAGGUUUCCACCAGACUGCACGGCAAGCCGUCGACCAUCGCGAAACAGCCAGCACCCAAGAACAUCCUAUCUCCCGAUACGUAUAUGCAGCUCUACGGAACGCCGCCAUUCGGAUCGGAGAUGUGGCUCCGCUGCAAGGCUGCCGGUUGCUUCGACGAUGAACAGAACCAGCCGGAAAUCAUCCCGGAGACCCUUCCUACAUUCGACGAGGAUGACGAGGCGCUCAACUUCCAGUUGGCGCUAUGA